CCCUCUAUAGAAUGAAAAACAAAUAAAAUAUAUAUAUAUUGUAAUCUUUUGCAAAGAAAUUUAUUCUACGUCUGAAAAUAUGGAUUUGUUGAUUGGUAACACAUUUGGCAGUGGAGAUAAGUGAAAGGACUGACAGGGGAAGUAAAUACACUCAUCUUCCUGCACCUAAGAGAAAGAGUGGUCUUAAAACAUAGGACUGGUUUACGGUUAUUCUGCUCAUUUUAAGCUAAAUAAUGUGUUGAACCAGACAGCUGUAUGUGGGAUUAACAAUAAGUGUUGCGUGUAUAGUCGAAGGCAAAGCGUAUUUUUAUAUGACAGAACGUUAAAAGAAAUAUACAUAUACACGAGUGAACUAAACGAAUGUGACAACGCUUUACCUCCAUUUGUCUCCUUAAGUUUUCCUGUAAGUAACCAAAGCAAAGGAACAGACAUGUGUGAAAUGAGUCCAGGAGAAUUUUGGAAUUAACUUUUUCCAAAACGACGAUAUUUGGCACUUUGUAUCAGGUGAAGAAACGACAAAAAAAUCAAAAUAUAGCCGAUAUAAUAGUUUAUUGCAAAUAAGAAAUAUAUUAUUUCGUCUACACAACAUGACCCAUCAACGUCAAAUAGAAGGGACGAAAUACAGGAACUGGGUGAAAGGUGGACUGGCUUAUAAAUAUCUCAAAGAUGGUAUAGAAGGCUUUGCUGAUGAAGUUGUUCAACAGGAUCACAGGCGAAUUGUUAACGGGUUCAAACACGGUCCUGCAUCAACAUGUAACCAGUGUAGUCUAAAUUGUUUGAAACCUUUACAUAAACAUGUGUAUGAUCCGAGUACUGGAAAAGAACAAUGCCCGUGGGGACAGAACAGCUGUAACUGUUUGUUUCCUCGAAAACAGCGAUGUCGUAAUCAUGUUUGUGAUGAAAUAUUUGAAGACAUACUGAAAAAUCAUGGUUCUUCCCCACCGACACCAAACUGGAAAAAUACAAAUAUUCAGAACUGGUGUUCUGUGCCGUGGGAAUUUGCAAAAUGUUUCAUCAAUGCACCUGGGUAUUCAGAUAAGAUUUCCGCCCGUGAUAUUGAUGCCCCAGGAUUGCUACAUAUCUUUAUAAAUAAUAUCAAUUUCCAAAGCAGAGUAACUGGAACAGAUGUUUUCGUCAGGGUUCUUAAAAGACGAAACACAAUUUUUCACUCGCCUACAAUGGAACUUGAGGAUAAAGAGCUGAAUGAUUGUAUUGACGAUAUCAUAGCAAUUCUUGAAGAUGACAAAGAACUGAAGGCACGAGACGAUGCUCAACAGGCAGUUAUUAAACUUAAACAACUGAAACAUGAUAACUUCAUUAUCACUACAUACAAUGAGGUCGAUGUGUGUAGAGCUGCUAUGUCGUCUAUUGUUAUCAAAGAAGCAGAACUCAAACAACUGAUCCAAGACACAAAGGCAGACAUUAACACAAAUAAAGCAGAUAUAGAAUCAAAGCAAAGGGAUUUGUUGCGCUCAGUGGAUGCUAAAACACAGACAGCCUUAGAUGGUGCGUUGGAAGAAUUGAACAAGCAAAGUGACAGUAAAUUUAAAACAGUAAAACAGGCCAUCGAGCUACUGGAAAAAAGAGUCAGACAACUCGAAUUAGACAACGUGACUUUCAAAGAGCAUCUAGCGGAGAUAGAGGGUCACGUUGAAAGACUUGAUGAAGCACGAAAUAUUUGUAAAAAACAGUUGGAGUACAUUGAGCAGAAACAAGUAUUGCAGAAAAAACUUGCUGAACGUUACCUAAAACAUUAUGUGAAAACAUCUGCUUACCCACUGAAAAUGCAAAACAACGACAUUGACAUAAACGAAGUUUAUGUAACACCAAAUAUGACAAUGACCUCGAAAUCCAAUAUAAAAAAUAGGAAGAGGAAGUUAGACACUGAGAUUAUAUACUCGAGAGAUGGUAGAAGAAAUGAUGAAUCAGCUUUAAGAACUGUAACCCGAUACCGAGACAUAUUUCAAACAAAUGAUCUGAGACAUCAGAGUAUAUACAUUGUCGGCGAUGUUGGAACAGGCAAGAGUUCGUUAGCCAAAAUGAUGAUAUACAACUGGUGCAUGGGUUUGACGUAUGAUGAAAAAAGUAUUGCGCAAGAUGAAAAUGUCAAAGAAAUGAGAUCUUUCGAUUUUCUUUUCUUUAUACCCUUGCAGAGAAUGUCAGGAUUUAGUGACGACAUUCCUGAGAUGGUGAGAGUACUAUAUAAAGAUGUUGCACCAAAUGAUCUGAUUAACAGGCUCUUCUCACAAUAAUCCGAACGAUGCUUAAUUGUAGCCGACGGUCUGGACGAAUGGACUCCACCGAAACAAAUAGUUCGUCCGCUGCAUGUCAGUUUCGGCAUUCCAAACAGAGAUGGAAUACAAAAUGCCACAUUGAUAACCCUUGCUCGACCAUCUGCCAAAGGAAUUUUAAAUCUAAAAUCAUCAGAGUGUGAUCUCAAAGUUGAAUUAUCCGGAGUAGAUGAGAAAUUAAUAAGGGAAUUCACAGA